AUGUAUGAGGAAAGAUUCACCAGGAUGAUAGGACACGCACCCAUCCUGUUCGUCCAAGGCACGAAACAUAACGGUGCCUUUUAUCCCCGCGACCACCCACUUCCCAGACUCGAGGAGAGACAGUUGAUGUGGAACAUCCCUGGACUUCCGCCGAGCGACACGCCCUUCCAGAUCGAACUCCCUGCCGGGUUUGACUUUGGCAAGUAUGUUUGGGGCAGACACGGCGCUGAAUGGGCCGCCAUCAUGGAGGCAGGCCGAUUGCGAUAUGACCUUCAUUUCUCCUGGGCCCAUAAGCAUCCCAUCCCCGACGGUACGCCCUUCGUCGGCGACGUUCGUCAUGCCGAAAUCGCAAAGGUCCCUCGAGUCUUGGUCCUUGGGUACGUCGUAGACCCGGACGUGGGCUUGAUCAUCUGGGACAACAAUAUGUGGCACUUUUGGCGUAUGAAGUCGGAUCGAGAUCUCCGCGUGAUGGGAGAUAUGACGCCCGAGGAGUUCUACCCAUGGGCGGUUUCCCUGCAGCCAUUGGAAGUGUCAUCUACCGGAAAGCACGUUGACCACACCGAGCAGACGAUGCCAGCCAACAAGAGAAGACUGCUCAACGACGGCAGAUUUAUGGAAAGGUAG